AUGCCUUCGCUCGCUACCACUGCCAUCCUCCUCGCCGCCGCCGGCCUGAGCGCCGCCGCGCCCGCCACCAUGGCCAAGCGGGGCCCGACCUGCUCCGAAGUCAAGCUUUCCGUCACCGUCAGCGCCGAGAACCACGUCGUGCCGCAGUACCUCAUCGACGGGCUCAGCGCCACCAGCCUCACGGUGAGCGGCGUCGAGUCGCUGAUCAACGGCGUGGGCAACGAGCUGGAGCUGGCCGUGGUCAACGGCACCUACAACAUCGCCGGCCUCUUCUGCGAGCCCGAGGUGCAGGUAGCCGGCCGGUCCAACAACGUGCAGCUGCUCGUCCACGGCAUCGGCAACGACCGCCACUACUGGACCGGCGGCGUCGGCGCGGUCGAGCGCUACUCGUGGAUCGCGCACGCGUCCAAGCAGGGCUACCCGACGCUGGCCAUCGACCGCCUGGGCGACGGCAAGUCGGACCGCCCGGACCCCAUCACCGUCGUGCAGAAGCCGGUCCAUGUCGAGAUCGUGCACCAGGUCGCGCAGGCGCUGCGCGCGGGCACCAUCGCCGGCGUCGGCCGCGCCUUCUCGCGCGUCGCCUACGUCGGCCACUCGUUCGGCUCGCUCAUCGGCAACACCAUGGCCGCCCGCUACCCCGACGACUUCGACGCCAUGCUGCUGACCGGCUACACCAGCGAGAUCAAGCAGGCCAUCCCGGGCUUCCUCGUCACCUCGGGCGGCGCCCCCGCCGCCCUCGUCGACCCCGCCCGCUUCGCCUUCCUCGCCAGCCAGCCCGGCUACCAGCUCAUGUCCUUCGAGUCGGGCGUGCGCGGCCUCGUCUUCACCAACACCCCGUCCGAGUGGGACGCCGCCAUCGUCAAGUCCGAGUUCAAGAACCGCCAGACCCUCACCCUCGGCGAGGCCGUCAGCACCCUCUUCGUCAACGACGUCGCCGAGAGCUUCACCAAGCCCCUCCUCGUCCUGACCGGCCACAAGGACCAGUUCUUCUGCGCCCUGGCCCUGCCGCUGCUCGGCGAGGGCAACUGCUCCGGCUACGGCGCCAAGACGGCCAAGCUGUUCCCCAAGGCCAACUAUCGCUUCCAGGAGAUCGCCAACACUGGCCACGCCCUGAACUUCCACUACACCUCUAACGAGACCUUUACUGCUGCUCAUGACUUCUUGAAGAGCGCUGGCUUUUAA